AGUCAAAUCUACUUUCACUUUUGGAAAUAGCGGACUUUUUAAAACAACGAUCCAAAUUUGUUAGCAAAUACUAUGUUAAUUCUAGUAUUUCUAGAUUUAAUGAAAGUUCAUUCAAAUGGAUCAUUUAUUCACAAUAGAUGGAAGAUUGUUUACCUGUCGUAUUGAUCGAUCCAGGGUCCAUCACAAGUUUUCUUGUCUGAAAGUAUCUGUUCAUGAUCUUUGUCAGCAUCGUAAACUAUUUAAGAAAUCUCACGAUGUUUCAAUUGAAAUUAAGCAAGAUAUUGUUCAGAUUACAUGUAUUCAUGUUAAAUUAGACAUUCUGACUGGGUUUAGUACGAUUUUGCUGCACGCAUUAACGAACAAUGCUGGACUAGUGUUCCUACUUGAUAGAGAAUUUAGCGCUUGUCGGUUAAUUGCAAAACUGGACAAUUCCCCAACAUCGGUACAGAAGAAUGUUUACUUUAUAGAUGGACCUGGAAUAAUACAGAACAAUUUCAGCAGACACACGGUUUGUCUUAAAGUUGGUGGGAAACAAAAGGAGUUAGUUCUGAAGAAAGCUGCUGUUGUGACAAAUGUUUUAUGGUCUGGGUAUUGUAUGGAAUUGGGAGUUGUGGCUGUAUUUUCAUGCAUUUCAAAAAAUGAGAAAACAGAACUAUUCACAUUUUUCGUUGAUGGAUUGACAGAGGAGUACAAGACGGUGGGUUCUGGUAUCUUUAUUCCUGGAGAACUUCAGAACUUGGUCACAGCCAAUGUAGUACAUUUAUCCAAGUCAUUCAGUAGUGAAACCAUGACUUAUCAUUCAGAAAUCAUCACAUUGACAAGUGAUGGGUUUUUCAUUUAUCUACAAGAAGGUAGAAUCUUAUGGGCUCUACCUACAUGUAUAUCAAACACAAAAAACUCGGUUUUGUUUUCAUGGAAAGCAUACUCAUUAAAUAGUCAGUUUGCAGCCAUCUACAACAAUAGUUCUGUAAUAUUCAUCAACACAAAAGAAAGAAAGAUUUUAGAUACAGUAACAGACGUAGCAGCUGUUUACCAGGAUGAUUUUGUUUGUUGUGGCCAGAAUCAGAUUCUCUGUCAACUCACUGGAUUUUCCCUGGAGUCAAAUUCUGGUUGGCUACUUACAGACAAAGGAGUGUGGCUCUUUGAUCAACAAGCUGUGAAUCAAGAGAGUGCUGAAAACUACCUGCCUGCUAUACUUGCUCUUCAGAGAAAGCUUCAGAAUGAGCUGAUUGCGUUCCAUAACAAGUCUCACACCAUUAACAAAGAGCGAUCAGAGUUUAUAAUGGACACUUGGAAUUUACUGAUUCAUCAGAAUCGUUAUUCUAAGACAAAGGGGGCCUUGGGGCCCUCUGAAUUCCAACCGAUAUGUACAGGAGACAUUUGGCAGGUAGUGUGUGAUGACAAGUGGUUGGUAGGGGUGGAUAUUGUUAACAACUAUGACAGCCCACUCUGUGACCUUUCAAUGUCACUAUUCCCUAUCAACAAAGAUGGCAGACAGUCUGAAAAUGUCAUACACACAAAGAGCCAAUGGCUGGUGGCAGAGUACCCAGAAAACAGGAGGUCAAAGUUCACAAGACAAGGUCUAAGUAAAGCUUUCAAACACACAGCCUCAUUUUCCGAGCUACAGCCCAAGGAGACUGGUGUUGUUGUUUGUGAGACAAAUCUCCCAAACUUUUUCUCACAGCCAGAGUUCUCCUGUGAGGUGAUGUUGACCUUGAAUCACAGCAGUGAUGCAGGAAAUGUAGAAACUGGUGAUGAGAACCCACAGUACAGGUUACAGCAAUCCUGUGGAGUUGUCACCUUAAAGACUGCAAGUUUGAUAGGAGAGGAAUAUUCCUUGGAGAUGAUGACUAAGAACAAAUUAAGAAACAUUGAUCAUUGGUGUGUGGAAGCAGUAUCGCUGCUAACACAAGUCACGUGUCACCUGGAACUGAGGACAACCUGGUCCAAUGCGUCAUGCUUGACUGACUGGAUAGAGAGGCGCUGUGAAUUCCAGUAUAGUGCUGGUCAGAAGUGCUACAAAACUACAUUACCAGCAUUCUCUGGAUUGCGACUGGUGAUUCAACCCCAGCCCAGUCAUGACAGGGCCUUCAUCAUAGUUCAUUCCAACUCCUCAAAACAAAUCCUACUGCUGGUCCAUCAUCUUUAUGAGCGUCUUGCAGACGACACCGUUAUUUUCCCACGCCUUGGAGAAGGUGAUGACGAAAGACUCCAGGCAGCAAUUAGGGCAAUCCGGAAGGAAACUGAGCGACUGAAACCAAUACCAAAGGACACGGUCAGGCAGAAAAGUGGUCUUGGUGACAUUGAACUUCCAGAAAACGAUGUCGAUGGUGCCAUUUUAGUCAAUAACAUUAGGGAAAAUUUUCGCAAAAGAAAAGAAGCUGCAAAUUGUGUGAAAGAUUCUGGUGAAAGCUCGGAAAAUCAACAAAACUUGUAUCUAGUGCAACAAUGUACGGACACAGCUAUAGCAAAGCUAAAAGUUUAAAAUUUUAAAAUAUUUUUAUCUAUUACGAUAAUUUUCCCAAGAUCAACUGUAGUUAGUUUAUGAUAUUAAUUGUAAUUUUAAAGGAUUUUUAAUCA